AUGAGUGUGCUGAACGAGCCCGAGAGCGUGAGCAACGACGGCAAGCACGAUAUUACGCUCGACAGUGUCUUAUCACUAUCCUCCGAUGAUGUUGACGAGAGUGGCGGCAGAUCUGGAGGGCAGCUCGAGAAUGAAGGCGAGAUCAAGACGAAAGUGCAUGACGAGACGGCAGGAGAGACUUUUAGAGCAACGACUGCUCCUGUCAACACAAGUACAGCGGCAGGAAGCGUCAGACGACGUACGCGAGCAGUGGCGAUGAAGAGGAAUAAGUAUUGGAGUACCAGCUACGGCCAGUACGAGAGCGAGGGCGAGAAGGCGGUGAACGAGCAGAGGCAGAGCCACGGUGGGUGUCUGUCACGAAGUACGAUGAGCUCUUUCAAGCCGCCAGUGUCGUGGAAGACUCUGGAGAUGGAGAAGGCGUGUAAUACGAGGACGCGUCAGGACGAGGGCAGCGAGAAUGAACGUCGAAAAGUGUGUGUGGCGGUUGAAGAUCGCCAGAAGAUUGUGAAUGAGGCGCAAUUGGCGAGAAGUCGCCGAACCCAGGACGAGACGACGGAAGAGAGCCGUUGA